GAGCCCGCGCGUCACUUCCGGGCUCGUCCCGCCCCCCCCCAACACACACCGCCUACAUGAUGGGGGUCGGGAGUGAAUGUGGGGUGUGAAGGGGGAAUGGUGGGGUGAGCCGGAAUGGGGACUGCCUACAUGUGGGGUGAUGGAGUCCCUGUGUGGGAUGAUGGAGUCCCUAUGUGUGAUGAUGGAGUCCCUACAGUGCCCCCCCAGCGUUAUACUAAUGAUGUGAGAGCGCCCCAGGAUAAUAUGGGGUGUCCCCGGAGCACCCAUAGGGAUGGGGUGAAGCCCCAUGGCCAGCAGAGCCCCACGAACCCCCCCCAGCCGUGCAAAGCGGGUGUGCUGUGCCCUGGGCUGGGGGUGCAGGGAAGGUGUCCCCUCUGCUGCCGCUUCCUCUUCGUGCUGCAGAAGGUUUUGCAACCUUGCUUCCUCCCUGCGCUGCAUAAAGCGGCAGUGCCAGCUCUGAGCCUGGCUCACUUGGUGCAGGUGUGGGACCUGCUGGCACGUCCCCGUGCUCCCCAGGGUCUCCGUUUUGGGGUAACAUCCCGUGGCAGACCUCAGCCGGGCUUGGAGCUGGGAAGGGGAGAAGAUUUGGGGUGCAGCAGAGGCGGCAAAAUGGGGACAUUUUACGCCGAUGAACUCUUCGAUAUCUUAUACAACUACACUUCUGACUAUGGCAACUACAGCCUGGUUCUGCCUGACAUCGAUGUCUCCUCUUCCCCAUGCCGUAAUGAAGGUUCUGUAGCCAACAAAUACUUCGUAGCCUUCAUCUACUGCUUGGUCUUCCUCCUCAGCAUGGUGGGCAACGGGCUGGUGGUGCUGGUGGUCACCUCCAGCCACAUGAACCGCUCCGUCACCGACAUCUACCUGCUCAACCUGGCUGUGGCCGACCUGCUCUUUGCCCUCAGCCUGCCGCUCUGGGCUGCCUACUGGGCCCACGAGUGGGUUUUUGGCACCGUCAUGUGCAAAGCCAUCUCGGUGCUGCAGGAAUCCAACUUCUACAGCGGCAUCCUGCUGUUGGCUUGCAUCAGCGUGGACCGCUACUUGGCCAUCGUCUACGCCACCCGCGCUGCCACUGAGAAGAGACACUGGGUGAAGUUUGUCUGCGUGGGCAUCUGGGUGUUCUCGGUGCUGCUCUCCCUGCCUGUGCUGCUGUUCCGCGAGGCGUUUGUCUCAGACCGCAAUGGCACAGUUUGCUACGAGCGCAUUGGAAAUGAGAAUACCACCAAGUGGAGGGUGGUGCUGCGGGUGCUGCCGCAGACCUUUGGCUUUGCCUUGCCGCUCCUGGUCAUGCUCUUCUGCUACGGUGUCACCGUGCACACCCUCCUGCAGACCAAGAACGUCCAGAAGCAGCGUGCCAUGAAGGUCAUCCUAGCUGUGGUGCUGGUCUUCCUUGUCUGCUGGCUGCCCUACAACAUCACGCUGGUGAGCGAUACUCUCAUGAGGACGCAUGCCAUCACUGAGACCUGUGAGAGGAGGAAACACAUUGACACAGCCCUCUCCAUCACGCAGGUCCUUGGUUUCGCCCACAGUUGCAUUAACCCCAUCAUCUAUGCCUUCAUCGGGCAGAAGUUUCGCAACAGCUUCCUCAAGAUCCUGGCACAACGUGGUUUCAUCAGCAAGGAUGCUGUGGCACGCUACGGCCGCGCCUCCUACACUUCAACCUCUGGCAACACCUCCACCACCCUCUGAGCCCCACUGCUCCCCAAGACCCAGUGCAUGCAGUCCUGACACCCUGUGCACCCCAGCAUUCUAACCCAAGACUCAGCCUUGGGCAGUGGGCACGGCCCCCUGGCACACAGAUGGAUGCCACUGUGGGCUGCACACGGUCACACUGCACAUGCAAAGGCACAUCAGCACGGGUGUCCCAGUGGAAAGAUGCUGAACGCUGCCCACCCUCCCUGUGCUUUGGGAUAAAGCUUAUGACUUUGAGGACAUCAUGGCCCUGGUGUGGCAAUGAUAGCUGCCCAGCAAUAAAGGAGGUGGCAAGGUUUUCACACUUGUAUGACUCCUGUUGACUGGGGGGUGACAGCCACAGCAUUUCCGGGGGACAGUGGGUGCGGGAAAGUGCUGUUACCCAAGAGGCUGUUGCAGAGGUUUUGCAUCCUGCAUGUCCCCAGAGGGGACCACAACCUGGCGUCACUUGGUGCCACCACUGAGUCCUUCCCCAGCACCGGGUCUCUGUGUCACCUCUGCCCACCUGGGUCAUGGCUGGGGUCAAGCCCUCAUCACCUUCUUCCCAAUACCCAUUUGAACUCAAAUAAAGCAAAUCCCUGCAAAAGUC